UUUGUGUCUGUGCACUGCUGGGACGCCCGUUGCUGCUAUCACGUCGUCGACUUCGACUUUACCAGUACCCAGCUUGACCACCUUCACUCCUAGGCCUGGCUUGCCCAUAACAGACUGACUGGUCGUGGUAUAGGUUCCUUAAACCCUCUUCCCUUCACGUAAACCUGGGAAAGGCUAGCGGGGUGCCAUUCACACGCUAUGGAAAGGAAACGUUCACCACCUAACGACAUUGGCAACGGAAUGAGCGAGGUCUCGUUCUCCACUGCUUCAGCAAGUUCAGCGGCCUCCUCUAGACGUACAUAUGCUCGUUCGCCGACAUAUCCUCCUCCAAUGCGUCCCGCCUCACCUCCGGCCUCUGCCUACUUCUCUCAUUUCACCGGUGACCACCAUGGAGAACCACAACCGAAUACCCCGGAUGCCAGCGCGCAUUUCGCAUAUAGUACUACCUUGCGACGACACCAUGUAGAAGCACCUUUGGGUAUUACCCACCCUCCUACAUUCGGCGAACUACGUACUGUCGUCGCGGAGGAAGGAACAACAGGAUUGUGGCAACGUGUAGUGCAGACAGUUAGAGGGCUUUUUCCCCUGGAAGUUUCUAGAGGGGAAUAUGAACGACUACCAUCGCAAAAGGAGAGACAAAUUACGCCUUCGGCACGUUUCGCUCAUUGCAACAUAGAGGUGUGUUGUGCUUCAAUGCUCUCGAUACCCUGUCAUAUUUCCGGACGUCCCCUACCGAUGGCCUGUCGUCUGUUUCUAUUCCGUCCCUCCUGGCCGAACAUGGGUACAAUGAAUUUUCCGUCUCGAGCCCUGAACCAUUAUUGCUCAAGUUCGCGAAGACUAUUUAUGAAAGCCCACUGAUAUUACUGCUAUGCGGCAGUGCAUUCGUUAGCGCUAUAAUGGGCAAUAUCGAUGAUGCAGUCAGUAUCACAGUCGCCGUGCUGAUCGUCCUCACUGUUGGGUUCGUUCAGGAACAUCGAUCCGAGAAGAGCCUCGAUGCCCUCAACAAGCUGGUUCCACACCAUUGUCAUCUCAUACGAGACGGAAAACUUGUUCAUACUUUGGCGAAUGAAUUAGUUCCGGGGGAUAUUGUCACUUUCACAACCGGAGACAGGAUACCCGCCGACGUGCGGUUAAUAUCUGCCGUUGAUCUGGAGAUCGACGAAAGCAGUUUGACUGGCGAAACUGAUGCAAGAAAGAAGGAUGUGGAAACAUGUCAAUCCUUUGGAAACGGAUACGCGAAUGGUCAUGGUCAGACGAAUGUUCCUGCGCAGGAACCUGUGGCACUCGCCGAGCGGACUUGCAUUGCGUAUAUGGGAACGUUGGUUCGAAGUGGUCGAGGGUCCGGAGUCGUGAUUGCGACUGGUACUCAGACUGAAUUUGGUGUCAUCUUUUCGAUGAUGCAGGAUGUCGAAGAAAAGCGCACACCACUUCAACUGAGUAUGGACGAGUUAGCUAAGAAGCUCUCCCUCUUCUCCUUUGGUGUCAUUGGGGUCAUAUGUAUCAUUGGAGUCCUCCAGGACCGGUCAUGGCUGGAUAUGUUCACUAUUGGAGUCUCACUCGCUGUUGCUGCUAUCCCUGAAGGACUUCCGAUUGUCACCACGGUGACGCUGGCUCUAGGCGUCCUUCGAAUGUCGAAGCGAAAAGCUAUCGUCAAGAAACUUCAUUCAGUGGAGGCUUUGGGUUCUGUGUCAGUAAUAUGCUCUGAUAAAACUGGAACUCUAACCAAGAAUGAGCAGACUGUCACCGAAAUAUAUGCAGUAGACGAAACUCUGCAUCUUGACCCAUCGAGUUCUACCCCACCGACCACAAGCUUGUCGCCUGCCAUGGUCAAGACUUUGGAAGUCGGGUCGCUAUGUAACAAUGCUAUCUGGCGGGAAGAAGACAAUGGGUAUGUUGGUCAGGCAACGGACGUUGCACUGCUCAAUGUUCUCUCCGUGUUUGGUAUGACUGACCAGCGGCAUGAUUUCCUUCGACAAUCUGAGCUUUCAUUCAACUCCGACAGAAAGCAUAUGGCGGUCUCUGGCCUUCAUGGUGUUUCUCAAGUUUCACUUGCUGGUUCUGCCAAACGAGAAAUGUUCUACAUCAAGGGCUCAAUUGACUCUAUCCUCGACCGCUGUAAGUUCUAUUACGUCUCCGACGAUUCUACACCAGGAUUGGAUGCCAAUAUGCGCAAUGUUAUUCACUCGAAGGCCCACGCGACUGCGUCCAAAGGACUGCGAGUUCUCGCGAUGGCGUAUGGUUAUGGAUCAAACGAGUCCUCGAAGCCUUCUUCCAAAACCUCAUCUGCACCCGGAACUCGUUCAUCGACCCCUCUCAGUCCCGAAAAGGAGAAAACGAACCUAGUUUUUGUUGGCUUCGAGGCCAUGCUCGACCCUCCUCGGAAAGGAGUUGCAGAUGCUAUAAACCUUUUACAGUCCGGUGGUGUCCAGGUCGUAAUGAUCACUGGUGAUGCUGAGCAGACUGCCAUGUCGAUUGCCCGGGAACUUGGUCUACGUGUUGGACGUCCUGGAUCUGAUGGAACGAAUAGUGCAUGUCUCACUGGACAGGCCAUGGAUCGUAUGUCGAAGGCUCAACUACGGGAACGGGUCGGAUCUGUCAGUGUAUUCGCACGGACGACACCGAAACAUAAGAUGGCGAUUGUGGAGGCUUUCCAAUCUCGAGGUGCAGUUGUUGCUAUGACCGGUGACGGAGUGAACGAUGCUCCUGCACUCAAGAUGGCUGACAUUGGCGUGUCCAUGGGGAAGAGCGGAACUGAUGUGGCGAAGGAAGCGGCCGAUGUUAUUCUCGUCGAUGAUAACUUCAGCACGAUUCUGCCAGCUGUUGAAGAAGGCAAAUCGAUAUUCCACAACAUCCAAAACUUCCUAUCCUUCCAACUUAGUACGGCCGUAGCUGCGUUGGCUCUAAUCACACUCAGUACGUUCUUUGGCCUCAGCAAUCCUCUGAAUGCCAUGCAGAUUCUGUUUAUCAAUAUCCUCAUGGAUGGUCCUCCAAGUCAGUCACUGGGCGUUGAUCCUGUCGAUCCAGCCAUCAUGCGAAGGCCCCCAAGGAGGAAGGACGAGCCCAUUAUCAGUCAACGCCUCUUAUACCGAGUUUUAUUCUCAGCGUCCAUUAUUGUCAUCGGAACUCUUUUCAUCUACACUUACGCUCUUUCCGAUGAUCAUAUGUCCAGACGAGAACAAACUAUGACAUUUACGUGCUUUGUCUUCCUCGACCUCGUAUCUGCCUUGCAAAACCGAGGUUUAGGAUGCGGCUUCACGCAAAACAAAAUGCUGAUUACCACAGUCUCCGUCUCCUUCUUAGUUCAGCUCAGCCUGAUCUACGUCCCUUUCAUGCAGGCUAUAUUCCAAACUGCCUCGUUGGACUCAGGGGAUCUCUUCGCAUUGCUCUCGCUGGCAGCGAUAUCCAUGACGUUACAUGAAGGUCGACGACGAUACGAGCGUGCUCUCAAUGCUGAUCUCACAUUUGCCCACGCCGCAGAGGAGAUGGCGUAGCGUUCUCACUUAUGUAUCUCACGUUGAAGCUACUCGACAGUGUCACAUUUAGACUAUCUAUAUUAUAUCAUUCAAUGGAAGGCUUCGUUGGAAAUCGGAUCAUCAUAGGCCCCGUUCCGACCUCAAGGAACUAUCGAAGAGCUGGUUGUGAAGGUGAUAUAUGAUUUCCUACUAAUUUCAUAUGCUGGUUCGCCUAGCAAAUAACCUUUGUCUCCUUAA